GGGGUUCCCCAUACCAACGCGGGAAGCGUUAAGAGAAAAGUCUGAUUAUUUUUUUUGUAUUUCGCAGUGUAAACUUGAACAAAUGACAUCGGGGAUCUAUUGCAGCUGCAGGUGACAGAGUGUUAACAUGCGAGGAUAGGUGUCGUCUGAAGUUUUCGAGCGAGAUGAGCAGAUCUGACGGAGCGCAGGGAAACCGAAUGUGACUUGCGUACGGCGCUCCGAAUGCCGAAAGAGAGCCGGAGAAAGGGCUCCAAGGAGGCCGGGCUUUCCGGCGCAGGGAUAAAUGAGGGGUCUCGUUUCGAGCGGAAGACAGCCAGCAAGCCGCCCGACAUACGCGAUGAACUUGCCCAGAAAGCAACGCAGGUCGCUCCCUCCCCAGCUGUGAUGGAGGCGCGCCGGGUGCCGCAGGUGAUGAUCACCCCGGAGGGAGAGGGCUCUCCGCGGGCGAUGCAGCAGGAGGACUGGGGCGAUGUGGUGGACGGAGCCCUGCGGAGGAAACUCUCCAAUUCCUCGAUCUCCUCCACGGGCUCGUCUUUGGUGGAAUCUGAGGACGACCUGCUGAGUGACAACGAGGCAAAAAGCAAGGGCAUCAUUACUUUGGAGCACCUAGUGGACACCGGGGAGCAGACCAAACCCUGGUGGAAAUUAAAGACCAUUGUCCAAUGGCCCUUUGUUGCUGCCCAAAGGAGGAGACUGAACUGGGUUCAAUUAGCUGGACAUAAAGGUAAUUUCAAAGCGGCAGAUGAGGGCACCAUUUUGAAAAAGUUCUGUGAAAAUGAAAUGCAGUGUUUUGAGAAGCUGAAGGGCGAUGCCCUACAACCAUUCGUGCCAGGUUACCAUGGCGUCGUGGAAAGAGAAGGAGAGUCUUUCCUCCAUAUGACAGACCUGCUAGUGAACUUUGACCUUCCCAAUGUCAUGGACUGCAAGAUGGGCAUAAGGACCUACUUAGAGGAGGAGCUGGUGCGAGCACGGGAGCGUCCAAAGCUUAGGAAGGACCUGUAUGAGAAGAUGGUUGAGGUGGACAGUGAGGGGCCGACUCCCCAGGAGCAUUUACAAAGGGCCGUCACCAAGCCUCGCUACAUGCAAUGGAGAGAGACCCUGAGCUCCACACACACUCUGGGCUUCAGGAUAGAGGGGAUCAAGAAAUCUGACGGCUCAUGUCAAACAGACUUCAAGAGGACCCGGUUGAAAGAGGAUGUUACAAGAGCGUUUGAGGACUUUGCUGGAGGGAACACCAAUAUUGUAAAAUCCUACCUGAGCAGGCUGACUGAGAUCCAACAGGCCCUGGAAAUAUCCGAGUUCUUCAUGAGACACGAGGUCAUCGGCAGUUCUCUUCUCUUUAUCCAUGACCACACAGGUCGUGCAGAGGUCUGGCUUAUUGACUUUGGAAAGACCACAGCGUUACCAGAAGGCCAGAUGUUAAAGCAUAAUGUUCCUUGGCAAGAGGGCAACCGGGAGGAUGGUUACCUUUGGGGGCUGGACAACCUCAUCCACACACUGGAAUCUGUAAACAGCGGAGGAAGCGAGGAAGAGACCUGCACCCCAGUAACCUCCGAAACAAGUUCAAGUUGCUGAAGUUGUUCUGAUGGUCAGUGAACCUUGGCCUUUAGAAAUAGUAGAGGACCUGAAUCUACUUGUAUCGACACCCAGAAAUCAUUUAAAUGAGGUCUAGUAUUGGAUAAUAUAUUGUGGAAGCUUUGUGAGUGCUGACAGAAGAAGUGAGGCGAUACUGGGAAAGGGAAGCAGAAAUGAUUUUGUAGGGCUCAAGAUCUAAGUUAUAACCAAGGAUUUAUAAAGCUUGUAAUCAGAAGGGAGAUACGAAACAUGACCGCAUUAAUCUAAAUAGUAUA